AUAUGUCACCACCGCCCAGCGAAGGCAAGGAUUUUCAUCUGCUGAGCCAUCUCUACAGUCUAAGGCCUCUUCCAAAACAACAACAAAACAGUUCUGAGAAUGUUUAUAGGAGAUAGGGCAUUUCUUUUAUUAAAUAUGCUAUGUCGUCUCAUUUUCUAGUGCGAUGGUUGCAUGUUUGUACUUUCAGAAACAAACUUUAGGUUGAAAACCAUUAGAAAACCCAGGUCUGGCAUACUGAUUACGUUGUUCUCUCUGAUGUUUCUGUUGCUGUAGAGUGAGGUAGCAAGACCCUGGCUUCCAGCCCCGUAUACUUAUACAUAUACUUAGGCUUAUCAGAAGCCUAGCCCAGCUGCAUCACUGGCUUUUGUAUACUGACGGCUGCUUCUACUACUUCUUAAACCAAAAACUUGGGUUUCUGACUUACAUAUGUUCCACCGAAAACCUUCACAGUACAAGAAUUCCUCACCAAAGAAAGCCCAGAUGUUUAAAAAUUUAGUUCUGGGGCUGGAGAAAUGACUCAGGGUUACAAGUACUUGCUUCUCUCCCAACACAUCCACACGGCAACUCACAGUUGCCUGGAAUCCCAGUUCCCAGAGCUCAGUUGUGACCUCCACAGUGCACAUACAGGCAGAACAGUUACGUGCGUCAAUUAAAUCUUCAACACAGCAAAACUUACUUUUUAGGGCUUAAUGUAGAUUAGGUGACCGCUCCUGAUAAGUCCAGCUGUAGUGCACACCUGUCAUCUUAGCACUGCAGAGGUGGAGGCAAAGUCCCCCUGCCUAUGUAGCUUAGAGUUUAAGGUGCAUGAGGCCCAUCUGAAAGAAAACAUGUUGUUCUACAUACAUGUUUUUCACCAACCAAUACUGUGUGUAACAACAACAACAAAAUGUCUUCCACUAGUCAGCUCAAUUUUAAAACUUGGUGGAGCAGACAGUUGCCUGCCUGAAUGCUCUGCCAGGAGCUUCCUUGUUAAAGCACAAGUAAGAGUGGUUCAGGGAAGAAAGGGAGCUGUAAACUGCCUGAGCCACGCUCCAGCUGGCCAUUGGAGAUUUCGCCUCUACUGUCCCAUCUAGCAGAAAAGAUGCCUUCACUUAGCAGCAGCCCCUGUCUGGGCAGCUUUGCUCUAAUCUUACUGAAGGUUGCUAACAGCCCUUGGGGCUGCAUCUGGAAGGGGAAGGGCCUGUGGUGGUUGGUUAUGCAAGUGGUGUCUUUGUCAGGAGGCGGUGGGUUCUUUGCUCCUGGGUGACUGAAAAUCCUGCCAGCUCAGCCAGAGGUGGCUGAGCUCUGAGUGACCAUGAUGCAGCUGCCUGCCUGGGCAGGCUUCACUAUCCUCACACUCCCUCCCCCGCUUUGCUCUGGUAGCUUGGCCUUGCUGAUCUGUUUCCCUGGAUUCCAUUCCUUGAGCUUUUGAAAGGACAACGUUUGUGGGAUUCGCUCAGUCUCCUUUGUAAUUACAAAGCUCACUCCUCUAGUUUCCUGAGGCAAUUUUAGCAAAAGCUUCCACAGUGCAAAAUGAACUGUGUGGUAGCAGCCAAGAAGGCAGCUGGGAAAUGCCCAGAUUGAGCUAUUGUAUGCUGCAGUUCCUGCCCUUCUGCCUCCAUGACACGAAUUUUAAUUCAGGUGCCUUGAGACCAUUUGAGGAGUGGAAAACCACAACUUGCUCCUAGAAUCCCGUCAGCUGGUUCCUGACUGCAUAGGACCAGUCACCCUAGUCUAGCCAGUCAGAACUGGACAGAGUGGUUGUAUCCAGAGUUUUCCUAUGGGAAGGAGUUAAGUCUUUAUAGGAGGGCAAAGACAACCCAGCACAACCUGACCUGGAGUAUACCAAAAGCUGAGAUGUGGAGUGACUCCUAACCAAGUUGUCACACUGUGGUGACCAGAUGAGGGGAGUUCUGGCCUGGUGUGGCUUCCGUGGAGUAGGAUCCAAACCCAUACCAAAGUGCAAUGUGACAAGGCUAAGACUGCAGUGAAAAAUUCCGUAAUUGCCUGCUUGGCACCUCUGCCGUGCGAAAGCUGCAGCAGGGACAAGAAGGGAGGGACUGCUCUGAUAAACCCCAAGGACAGCAGCUCCUGUUCACGGAAACCCGGCCCCUGUCCUUUACUCUAGAGAAAGCCGAAUGAAGGUCCUUCCUGAACGCUGCUCUGUGGAAGGCUAGCGUCAAGGACACAGACAGACUUCUUCCCUCUCCACUGGCCUCAACAGCAGCUGCCUGUGAGGACACCACAGCCUGAGUCCUGGGAGCCGCCAUCAAUCGCCGGCGGGAUGUCCAGCCAGGACCUGAGCAUCGCUGCAAAACUCAUCAAUGGAGGUGUGGCAGGACUCGUGGGAGUGACCUGCGUGUUUCCCAUUGACCUUGCCAAGACCCGACUGCAGAACCAGCAGGGAAAAGAUGUGUAUAAAGGAAUGACAGAUUGUCUGAUGAAGACCGCACGUGCUGAGGGCUUCUUGGGCAUGUACCGAGGCGCUGCGGUAAACCUCACCCUGGUUACUCCAGAGAAGGCAAUCAAGCUGGCAGCCAAUGACUUCUUGCGGCAGCUGCUCAUGCAGGAUGGGACACAGCAGAACCUGAAGAUGGAGAUGCUGGCCGGGUGUGGGGCUGGAAUAUGCCAGGUGGUGGUUACCUGUCCCAUGGAAAUGCUCAAGAUUCAGCUUCAGGAUGCUGGCCGCUUAGCUGUCGGUCAUCAGGGCUCCGCCUCAGCCGCGCCCACCUCCCGGCCCUACAGCACUGGCCCGGCUUCCACCUACAAGCGCCCAUCCGCUACCCUCAUUGCCAGAGAGCUGCUCCGCACUCAGGGUCUCUCUGGGCUCUACAGGGGCCUGGGCGCCACUCUUCUCAGAGACAUUCCCUUCUCCAUCAUCUAUUUCCCCUUGUUUGCGAACCUGAACCAGCUUGGGGUCAGCGAGCUCACUGGCAAGGCCCCCUUCACGCACUCCUUUCUGGCAGGCUGCGCAGCGGGUUCUGUGGCCGCGGUGGCUGUCACCCCUCUGGACGUUCUGAAGACUCGAAUCCAGACCCUCAAGAAAGGCCUGGGUGAGGACACCUACAGUGGGGUCACUGACUGUGCCAGGAAACUCUGGAUACAGGAGGGAGCAGCUGCCUUCAUGAAGGGAGCCGGCUGCCGGGCCCUGGUCAUAGCCCCCCUCUUCGGGAUCGCCCAGGGCAUCUACUUCAUUGGCAUCGGAGAACGUAUCUUAAAGUACUUUGAGUAGUCUCAGGUGUGCCUCGCUGCCACCUCUGGUCCUGCGCUUGGGACUAGGAGCAUAAGAUGCCCACCCUGUCAUACAUGGUCUUUAACUUGUAGUGCUACCUCAGAAUGACCCAUUUUACUGAGUAGAGCUCUCAUCUCCUUCUAUGAAACCUAGGCUGUGGUACAGCUUACCAGGGGCAUUCUGAAGCCCCAACUACCUGUCUAACAGCCUUGGUGUAUUAGGGCAGGCCCAGGCGCAGUAAGAACGGAAGAGGGCUGCUCUAUGCUAACACUCCCACUAGGCAGACAGUUGGGUCAGCGUGAGGACUUAGUGUUAAUCCUAGCACUGAUGCUGUGACAUCGGAAGUGCACCUGGGCUCCCGAGCAUCACUAAUGGUCAAAUGGACCCGAAAGAGCAGUCUGGCCUGCUCACAGCUGUCCUGCCCUGAUGCCCACCCUGGUAUGGCCCUCCCAGGUCCCUACUAGUGGGUACUUGUGGGGACAUGAUCAAUAAUAAAGCUGGGUAAAUCCUAGUCCUGUAAUCAGCACAGCAGAUGACUGAGAAGCAGUGUCUCCGAAGAACCACACUGUGGCUUCUGGGGCCCCACAACUCACUACCGUCUUCCAGCUGUUACCCAGGAGUGGAGUAGCUGGGGGGCAUUUUCACACUGAACCUGAGCUUGUAUGUGUACCUGUACGGGUACCCUGGGAGGUCAGCAGAGAGCACUGGAUCCCCACAGGUUGCAAGCAGUGAGCUGCCAGACGUGACACUGAACUCAGGCCCUCUGGAAGCAGCAGGUGCUCACAGACCCAGUCAUCUCUCUAACUUCUUCUACUUUUCAUGACAGGGUUUCUCUGUAGCUUUGGAGCCUGUCUUGGGACUCACUUUGUAGACCAGUCUGACCUAAAACUCACAGAGAUCUGUCUGCUUCUGCUUGAGUGCGUGUGCCACCACUGUCCAGCUAACAAUCCUGUUUUAAGAACCAGGGCUGGAGACACAGCUCUGUAAAUGGAGACUCUGCUUUUGUUUCCUGGCCACCCAGACCCGAAUAAUUACACAGAAACGGUAUUAAUUACAAAGCUGGCCAAUGGUUUAGGCAUAGUCCUAGCUAGCUCUUACAUCUUAACUAAACCCACAAGGUUGUGCCUACCGGUAGGUUCUGGCGUCCUUCUCCUUCAGCAGCUACAUGUGUCUUCCAGACUCUACCUUCUUUCCUCCUCUACAUCUGCUUAGAUUUCCCACCUUGCUAUAUAUUGCCCUGUCAC